CCGGCGAGCUACAACCUCAGGAGAAGCUAGCCCGAUUGCGCCGCUGUACAGCCGAGAAAAACUGGUGCGUGACCACGGCGACCGCUGCGGUGACGGAGUUGUUGGCGGGCGGGGACGGCGGCGUGACCUCGGCGGACGCCGAGUCCUUAUGAUCCCGCAUGGAUGGCUAGGUGCUGGUCUCCGUGUGGUCAGCCUCUCCUCCUCGACUAGCUCUUGGCACGAUGGCGGCAGUGGGGCGUGGUUCCAAUUCCUCCCGUUAUCCAUGGAUUUCCCCAACGCAAGGGAUGACGAGAAUGAUUCAGUUACCGACGCCUAUCCGCAACCAACGAGUUGCAGGAGACUAGCAGGCGCUCGACAAUGUGUUGUGAAGUCCCAGACCUGUCCGCCUCCAAGGCUCCAACACGAACGCAGUGUGCAGAGCACCUCUGUCGAGAUUUCGGGAGCAGGACGUCUUCUUGCAAACUUCCAGGCGCUGAGAUUGCAAUAUGCAUGCUGGUAACCUGCACGUGAGAUGGUUGAUUGGCUAGAUAGUUUCUGAUUUCCUUUUUGUUUAUUGUUCUGCCAAAUUGUAAAAAUAGGGUCAAUGAAAUAGCAAAAUGCAUUG